UCGCCAACAAUUUCAAUUUUGUAUUGCCUUAUAAAUAAAUUCGCGGCGUCAUUUCUGCCCCACAACGAACACAGCCGCCAUGUCGAACGACGCGUCGCCAUCGCCAAUCGCCGGCAUGACGCUGUCGAGUGUGAUGCGAGAUAUCAAGGACAAGUUCAAGAACGAGGACGAAGAUGCCGCCACGUCUCCGUUCCAGAACCUGGACAAAGCCACGGUUCUCCAUGAGACCAAGAUCUUCUCGGACGCCCAGAUGGUGAUGAAGCAGCCCCGCAAGUGCUGCCAGUUGAUCACAAAGUUGCUGCACAUCCUCACGCAGGGCGAGCCGUUCACGUCCAACGAGAUCACGGACGUGUUCUUCAAGGUGACGAAGCUCUUCCAGGGCAAAGACGCCAACCUCCGCCGCAUGAUGUACUUAUUCAUCAAGGAGGUCGCUGACGCCACCCCCUCGGACAGCGUGAUCAUUGUAACCCAAAGUCUCAGCAAGGACAUGAACUCUGACACGGACUUGUACCGAGCCAACGCGAUCCGCGUGCUUUGCCGCAUCAUCGACACGUCCACGCUGUCCGCGAUCGAGCGCUACAUCAAGCAGGCCAUCGUGGACAAGAAUCCGCUUGUGUCAUCGUCUGCGCUCGUCAGUGGGAUGCAUCUCAUGCGUCACUCCGCGGACGUCGUGCGCCGCUGGACCAACGAAGUGCAGGAAGCGCUCAACUCGCCCACGGACAUGGUGCAGUACCACGCGCUGGCACUGUUGUACCAGAUCCGGCAGCACGACAAGCUGGCCGUGUCCAAGCUCCUGUCGCAGCUGCACAAGACGCCGCUCAAGUCGAACCUCGCUUGUUGCCUGCUGAUCCGAUACUCGGCGUCGCUUCUCGCGGACGACGUCGCCGGCACAAACUCGCGUCCGCUGUACCAGUUCCUGGAAAAGAUGCUGCGCCACAAGAGCGAGAUGGUGCUGUACGAGGCCGCGCGCGCCAUCUGCUCCCUCCCGCUCGACUCACGCGACCUCGCGCCCGCCAUCACGGUGCUGCAAAUCUUACUGAGUUCGGUGCGUCCAACCCUCCGCUUCGCCGCGGUGCGGACGCUGAGCCACGUGGCGCACGUCCAGCCCAUGCUCGUGGCCAAAGUGAACGAGGACCUGGAGACCCUCAUCGGCGACUCGAACCGGAGCAUCGCCACGCUGGCCAUCACGACGUUGCUCAAGACGGGUGCCGAGUCGAGCGUGGACCGACUCAUGAAGCAGAUCAACACUUUUAUGAACGAGAUCGCGGACGAGUUCAAGAUCGUGGUCGUCGACGCGAUCCGAAACUUGUGCGUCAAGUUUCCCCAGAAGCACCGGAUGCUCUUGGCGGCGCUGUCAUCGUUUCUGCGGGAAGAGGGCGGGUUCGAGUUCAAGAAGACCAUCACGGAUGCCAUCUUGGAGAUCGUAACGGUGCUGCCCGACGCCAAGGAGACGGGACUGCUCCACCUGUGCGAGUUUAUCGAAGACUGCGAGUUUACGCUGCUCAGCGUCCAGAUCCUGCACGUGCUGGGGGUGCUGGGUCCAUCGACAUCGACGCCGUCGCGGUACAUUCGGUUCAUCUACAACCGGAUCAUCCUCGAGAACGCGACCGUCCGCGCGUCCGCCGUGUCGGCGCUCACGGCGUUCGCACUCCAAGUGCCCGAACUCGCACCUAGCCUCCGCACGUUGCUGCAGCGGUGCCUCGUCGACGACGACGACGAAGUUCGCGACCGCGCCACGCUCUACCUCUGUCUCACAGAGCCCGCGCCCGAGUCUGCGAUACCGUUUUCCGUCCACCAGCUCGCGACAUCCCUCGAACAGUACGCAUUGCGUCCGUCGGACGGACCCAUUACGAUCUACAGCCUUCCGCACGUCGAGCCAGACAAGACGGCGGCGAUUCCAUCUGCCAAGAUGACGACAUCAGCUCUUCCGCCAGUCGACCCCGCGCAGGAACUGUACAAGAUCGCCGCGUUUGCCGCGCUAGGCCCGCUGUUCCGAUCGGCGUCGCCCGUGGAACUCACGGAAGCUGAGACAGAGUACGUCGUGUCGGUCGUCAAGCAUGUGUUUCAGCGUCACAUUGUACUCGAGUACGUUGUGCGCAAUACAGUGCCAGAUCAGAUGCUGCUGGAUGUGACAGUGAACGUCGAACUGGACGACGAUGUCACAUGUUUUGCCGUGCACAGCACUGUGCCUCUCAAACAGCUCAAGUACGGCGACGUUGGGUCGACCUAUGUUUGUUUGGAACGCGUAGCGGACGACGUUGUCACUGUAUCGCAGGCCACGAUUGCCAACGAACUCCAGUUCCGCGUUGUCGACGUUGUGCGGGGUCAACCGGAUAGUGGAUCCGGAUACAGCGAAGAGUACCCCAUGGAGGAUGUGGAAGUGAGCGGCGCCGACUUUAUGGCCAAGGUCCAAGUGCCCGACUUCCGGUCGGCGUGGGAACAUAUUGGAGACGAGCAUGAAGUGCGCGAACAAUACGCGCUCCGGUUCCAGUCCCUCGUCGAGGGCGUCGGCGCUGUGAUCGAGUACCUUGGCAUGCACGCGUGUGACCACACGGCCGUGCCGGCGCCCCACGCGACCGCACACAUUCUGCUGCUGAGCGGAGUGUUUGUGGGCGGAGUGAAGGUCCUUGUCAAGUGCAAGCUGAGUGUGGACACGAGCAACCGCGACAACGGACACAUGCUGCUGCUGCAGAUGGCCGUGCGCUCGGAAGACGCCGUCGUGUCCCAAACCGUGUCGGACUGCAUCCGUUAACUAGAUGCGGUGCUAGAGUCACACUAUAUUGCAUGAAAAUCACACUAUAUUGCACCAAGAAUACUGGAUAUUGUAACCGUGUUACACCAUUUUGCGGUUAGUAUUUCGAAAAAUACUACUAGUACAGUAUUUCGUGGAAUCCCAUUUAAACUCGUGGAAAUUCAUUUUAUUCCGCG